GAUUUAAAGUCUUGGAUUAACUACAACAACCUAGAUGAAAUCCAGCCUUAAAUAUGACUACUUUUAGUUUUAAAAGUAGUAAUUGAAAAUUCUUGCUCUGGCUCUCCGGACAGCAAGGCCCAUUCUUUUUUUAUUUCUUAAAGUUUGCUUCUUCUGACAAGGUAUAGUAUUCAAUAAGUUAGGCAUCAGGAUCAUCGACAUGGGAACAUAAAUAGAAAAGUGUACCAAUAGGAUUAUCAUACACCUUUGUCUUUACAUUUUCUAUUGGUAUAAAGCUAACCGUUCUGAGCAUCAUGUUUGUGUGAAGCAUAAUAGCAUAAAUAAACAAGUGUGCUCUUGUCUCAGAAGAUGUCAGUUAAGAAAUUGGAACAACACACUUCAAGGUGAUCCCUUGUCACAAAGACAAAUUGAAAGGAUAGAAUUUCUCAACUAAGUUGGCUUCCAUGAUGAUGCUUAAGGUUAUUUUCAGGCAAUGAUAAAAAAUUUAUCUCUUUAGAAGGACAAAACAAAAGUUGAGAAGGAAAAGUAUUAGUGACAUAGAUAGAUAGGUAGCAUGAGCGAUGAAAGAUCAAAGCCAUGGAACAUAUAUCCAUCCUCAAACACUGGUCCAUCACAAACAGGAACAGGAGUUGAUGAGGAAGCUCCAUGGAAAAGCUUAGGGACAUCUAUGAGUGCUAUUUCUUUUGGUUUUGUUGCCACGGCCAUUUUGAUUUCAAUGUUUCUUAUAAUGGCCAUAUUUGAACAUUUGUUCAAACCCACGCCACCAGAAUCUAUGCUGCGACGUUAUCAGAUUCAGGACCAACCAGGAAAACAAGGAAAUGCACAAUCAGUUCCAGCAUCUAAUUAUGCAUCUGAUUUCUCAGUCUUAAUGCCAGGGCAGCAGUAUCCUACAUACAUCGCCCAACCUGCCCCUCUGCUGCCUUCUCAAAGGGAAGGGGUUUAUUGGCCUUCUCAUGAACAUCAUUUUGUAUUUAAUUAAUUAAUUAAUUUGCGCUAUUUUUUCUAACAUCUCUGUAUACACAUACUCAGAGACCAGAUCAGACCACCCACUUGUGUCUAUUUUAUACAUAUAUUUUUGUAUUAUUUAUGUGUCAAUACUAAAGUCUCAUGUUUUCUUCAGUGAAA